AUGCAACGUCCAUCGAAUGGUUAUCGAGGUGGUAUUCGUAUUGGUCAUCAUUAUACACAUAAUCAUCUUAUUACAAAUUCUGAUGAUAUAAAUUUAUCACUUUCAAAUUCUGAUGAAAAAGAUGAUAGAAAACAUUCAUCACGAUAUUCUUCUAUCGGAUUAAAUAAUGAUUUUGAAUCAGCUAUUCGAAAUCUUCGUCCAUCAGCAAUACAACAAAAAAAGAAUAAAACAAAUUUAAAUAUAAGUAAACAAAAAGCUGAUUUACCACAAUUAAAUACAACAAAUGAUGAUCAACAUAAUAAUAGUAUAAAUGAACAUGAACAAAAUGAAACGAAUCAUCAAGAUAAACAAUUACAUCAAUGGUUUCCACAUCCAGAUAUUGGUCAUGUAGAUUCAAAUGCUUUUAUACGUCAUAAUCAUGUUGAAUCUAAACAACAAUCAUUGGAAUUAAUUGAACAAAUAACUCCACCAGCUAUAUUAACAACAAUUCCUCCUGUUGGAAUUUCAACACGUCCAACUGCAAUUAUUGCACCACCGGCUCCAGCACGAUCUAUUUCAGCUUUUUUUUCAUCAAAUGCAUCAAUAAAAAAAGCAAAUAGUACUAGUUAUAAUAAUCUUCAUAAUAAUUCUUUAAUUAAAACAAACGAACCACAACAACAACAACAACAACCGAUAGGAUCAGCUUUUCAACCCAUUCAUUCUAUACAAAAUAUUCUUCAUCGACAAUCAACAAUUAAAUCUGCACCUGUUUUAAUGGAUAUACCACAACAUAAAGCAUUAGUACGUGGUCAACAAUUAAAUAAAGUACAUAUUUCUCAUCCACAAAGUCCAUCAACUGUUCAUCUUAUGUUAAAUGAAGAUUUUAAUACAGCUUGUCGUCUUCUUCAUGAUAUGGCUAUACAUCCUGACCUUAAUAUUGAUCAUGCACCAACUCAUCUUUUUAAAGCUCAAGUUAAUCGUUUAUGUGCAUGUUAUCAUGAAGGUCGUUGGUUUCGUUGUCGUAUAUUACAAAUUUCACCUGAUUUUUCAACUGCUACAGUUGUUUAUUUGGAUUGGGGUAUGACAAUUCCAAUGCAAAUUGGACCAGAAUAUAUUCGUCGAUUACCAAAUGAAUUUUAUAUUGAACCAGCUUGUUCGAUAAUGUGUCAUCUUGAUGGUAUACCUGAUACAAAUGAUUUAAUACCAUCGAAUAUUGUUGCUGAAUGUAUUGCUUUAUUAAGUGAAAAUGAAUAUGAUGUUAUUGUUAAUGGUUAUGAUAGUACAACAGGAGGAAAAGUUGUUCUUUCAGUUAAUGGAAGAAUUGUUAAUGAUCAAAUACGACAAUUACUUGUACCAAAUGUAAGUUCUACAGAUUGA